AUGGAUAAAACAAAAGCUAAAACCAAGCAACGUUUAACUGGAGGAAACAAAAAAGGAGCUAAACCUCAAGCCAGCAAGAAACGAUGCCAAACCAAAUCGAAUGAGAAGACUUGCCAACGUUCACUGAAAUCUCGAAGAAUUAGUUCCCCUAGUAGCAGCAGCAGCAGCAGUUCAUCCUACUCAAGCGACAGCGACACUGACUGUAGCUCUGAUAGUUACAGCUCCAGUGACUCUUUUUGUACCACCUGCUCCAGUGAUUGUGACUGCUCUCACUGUAUGACUCCAAGUGACAGUUCAUCUUAUACCUCAUCAAGUUACUCAUCCGAUACAUCUUCCUCUGAUGAUGACCACUGCUGUAAACGAAACUGCAAGCAUCCUAAAAGGAAAACAGUGAGCAAGAAUGUCUGCGGAAAAUCUAAAGGUACCACUCCAAAGAAAGUCAAAAAGACAACAAAGAAAUGUGGGGCACCUCCUAAGGCUGGUCGAAAGACAGCCGGCAGAAAACCAGCCAAGACGACCAAAAAGAAAUGCGGUGCUUCGAGAAAAUGA